AUGAUAGAUGAAAUCGUGGAUCGUAUAGUUCAAUUUUUCUCCACCGGGUUGGUGGAGAAAAUCAUCAAAGCCUUGCUGGUUCUAUGUGAUCGGUUCGUAAACUUUGUUCUUUCCCUUUGCGAGGGAAACAACUACAAGAAAAAAGACGAAACGGUGGACGUAUUGUAUACUAGCGGAAAUUUUCUAGUGAUUAACAAAAAGCAUGAUUUAUUGAUCAAUUCGAACGACACGAAAAAGAAAACGGUGCAAACAAUUAUGAGAAAACAAUUUCCUGAAUACGUCCAAGAUAAUCUAACACACGAUUUCUAUUUUGCACACCGUCUGGACUUUGCCACGAGUGGAAUAUUGUGCAUUCCCUUGAAUAAAAAUGCAUGUAAAGAAGUGUGUCAGGUAUUUGAAGAGCAACGUGCCCGUAAAUACUACCUAGCCUUACUGCGCGGACACACCGAUUUCGACGAAGAAGUGAUUGACAUUGCAAUAGGCGAGGACGUGCGGUUUAAGGAUACAAGCAAAAAAAUGUGCACCAUACUGGAAGACGAACUUUGUCAAAACCCGCGCCGCAGUAUAACGAAAGUGCUGGUACUAGAUAGAGGAUACUACAACGGAAAGCCAGUCACUAAAGUGCUCUUGCGGCCGAUCACGGGUAGGCGGCACCAGUUGCGAUUGCACUGCUCGCAAAUUGGACAUGUGAUCGUGGGAGAUUACACGUAUAGCCUGAAGAUCGAUACGUCACCACCACGCAUGUUUCUACACGCAUUCCGUCUGGUGCUGCCAAACACAAUCGAGAAUCUUGACAUUCAAACGGACGAUCCAUUCACGGAAAAGGCGCUCAAGUACAAGUGGAAAGUGGUUGAACAGGUGAACAGCAUUGCCAACGCGUUUGAUAUCAUCGACUCAUUUUAA